UUUUGCAUUUUCAUUUCACAUUCAUCUUCAUUUCAUUUCGCAGGCUCCUUCCCUCCCUCGUUUUCUUCCAUUUCCCUCUUUUUUUCCUCACAUUUACGUAAAUACAAUUUUAAUUUAAUUUCCGCUAUUUCUGUUUGUUUCAUUCUUCUUCCUUUUGAUUUUUCUUUUUCUGUUUGGUUCAAGAGGGGAAAAAAAAGAAAAAGAAAGAGAACAAGGAAUGAUCAAGGGGUUGAAAGCAUACCGAACUCCUAACCGAUUUGUCUCGCGCUUCGAUGCGAAACUUUAACCUGGUAACGAUUUCUCGCAGAUCAUUAGUCUUUUGGCCGGGUUCGAUCGGUUGUCGGUGUUGAGCACCGAAGUUGGAGGUGAAUCGAUCUGUGGAAUCGGUAAGUCUCGACGAUUUUGUGAAAUCUGACGGUCUAAAAAACAAGGAUGCCGUCUCACGCGGAUCUGGACCGCCAGAUCGAACAUCUGAUGGAGUGUAAGCCGUUGCCGGAGGCUGAGGUGAAGACGCUCUGCGAUCAGGCGAGGGCGAUUCUGGUGGAGGAGUGGAACGUUCAGCCGGUAAAGUGUCCGGUAACGGUGUGCGGUGAUAUUCAUGGUCAGUUCUACGAUCUCAUCGAGCUAUUUCGGAUAGGCGGGAAUGCACCUGAUACCAAUUACCUUUUUAUGGGAGAUUAUGUAGACCGCGGGUACUAUUCAGUGGAGACUGUCACACUUCUGGUGGCAUUAAAAGUCCGGUACAGAGAUAGAAUUACAAUCCUCAGAGGAAACCAUGAGAGUCGGCAAAUUACUCAAGUGUAUGGUUUUUAUGAUGAAUGCUUGCGGAAAUAUGGAAACGCAAAUGUCUGGAAGUAUUUUACCGAUUUAUUUGAUUACCUACCCCUUACAGCUCUCAUCGAGAGUCAGAUUUUCUGCUUGCAUGGAGGGCUUUCACCAUCUUUAGAUACAUUGGAUAACAUUCGAGCUUUGGAUCGAAUACAGGAGGUUCCACAUGAAGGACCAAUGUGUGAUCUCUUGUGGUCUGAUCCAGAUGAUCGCUGCGGGUGGGGAAUAUCUCCUCGUGGUGCUGGUUACACAUUUGGACAGGAUAUAGCUGCUCAAUUUAACCAUACCAAUGGACUUUCUCUGAUUUCAAGGGCUCACCAGCUUGUGAUGGAAGGAUACAAUUGGUGCCAGGAGAAGAAUGUUGUGACGGUAUUUAGUGCUCCAAACUAUUGUUACCGUUGUGGGAAUAUGGCUGCCAUACUUGAGAUUGGGGAGAAUAUGGACCAGAACUUCCUUCAAUUUGACCCAGCACCUCGGCAAAUUGAGCCAGACAACACUCGCAAGACCCCGGACUAUUUUUUGUAAUUUUCACAUACCUUAUCUGCCAACUGUUUGUAAUCCUUGUUUUCUGCUGUAUUACUACUGAAGAUGUGUCUUUAAAAGAGGAGUUACCGAUGUUUAAGUUGAGGGUUUUACCGUCAACACCAUUCUUUGUUUGGAGUUUUUGUCCCCACUGCUGCAUUGUUGAUUUGCCCAAGAAACUCUUAGGAGAAUUCACAGUAGCCACCAAAUAGAUUGUUUUUUGUAUAUUUUUUUCGAGAGAGGAGGUGGCAAUAACAUGGUGUAUCUUGCUCUAUAAUUUUGCGAUUCCAAUGUAGAAAAGCAGAUCCGUGAAAACCGUUAGUUUCAAUUUGACUUGCUGAAGUGGCGGUCUACUUCGCAGCAAAUUCUGGUACGUUUCACUGAUGUAAAUUGUUUUGGGAAGGAAGGACUAAUAUGAAAGUCUUGCUGUUCUCUAAAGAAAUGUUUGUUUGCUUUUUUUUCUUUCCCUUUCUUUAGUUGUUUAAAAGUGCCAAAGACUAGGCUCUUAGUGUUUGUCGAUGGAGAAUGGAAAGUGGAGUUAGGUAGGUAUUGGUUGUUUUUGUACAUAAUUGAAUUUGGACAUGCUUGGUUUGUCUGAUCUGACUGUUGGGAGUUAUACAGAUAUUUUCGAAGCAA